UACUUCUCAAGAGUUUAAUUGGAAUCAUUACUUACAAAUCAGUAAAGCUCAAGCAGCACCAAAACAUUUGUUUGCUUGUAAAAAUUUACAGACUGUGACACCACAUGGAUUCAGAGUGGGAAUGAAAUUGGAAGCUGUUGAUAGAAAAGAUACAUCUCUUGUAUGUGUUGCUUCAGUAACAGAUGUCAUGGAUAACAGAUUUCUUAUUCAUUUUGAUGGAUGGGAUGAUAUAUAUGAUUACUGGGCUGAUCCAACAUCUCCAUACAUCCAUCCUGUAAACUGGUGCAAAGAAACAGGAAAUGUACUUAUUCCACCCAAUAAUUACAGAGAUCCUGACAGAUUUACAUGGGAAAAAUAUUUAUCAGAAACAAAAGCUCAAGUUGUUCCCAAUCGAGCCUUUAAACGACGCCCACCACAUGGUUUUAAAAAAGAUAUGAAACUAGAAGUGGUAGAUAAAAGAAAUCCCAUGUUAAUUCGUGUUGCUACUAUUGCUGAUACUCAAUCUCAUGCUAUUAAAAUUCAUUUUGAUGGUUGGUCAGAUGCUUAUGAUUAUUGGUUAGAUGAUGAUUCACCAGAUAUUCACCCAGUUUCUUGGUGUACUAGAACUGGUCAUCCUCUUCAGCCUCCUAUAAGUGAAAUGACAAUAACUAAUUCUAGUGGAUGCCCAACAACUGGUUGUCAAGGUAUUGGACAUAUAAAAGGUCCUAAAUAUACCAGUCAUCACAGGGAAUGGACUCUAGCAGACGAAAAACCCUUAAUCAGCACCAAUUAUUCAAUCACUUUACACUCUGACCAGAAGGUGUGAAGACUAACCAGUUGUGGGAUGCAAUUUUAUAUAUUAUUCCAAUGUUGUUAUGAAAUUAUACAGUUGGAAAGUAUUUAGAUAGAUGUUGAGGUUUUACAUAACUCAAUCCAAAAACUCGAUAACUGAAACAAAAGAAAAAAAACAAUUUCAUUUGGAUGUCCUUACUCACAACUUAAUAUGAACAAAGAAACGGCACUUCAAGAUAGGCUUGGUCCAUCAAAGGCAUCAGUAAUAGAUAUUGCAAAGAGA